AUGUACCUAUUUCAAGAAGGCGGUACCUCACCAAUCAAUGGAGAUACAGAAAAUGUAUUAAUCCCAGAAUUAGAAUUUGUUGAGGUGAGUAACGUCGGAGAUCCUUCAAUCAAUGAUAUGGAUAAUAAUAAAGUAGAAGAUGAACAGGAAGCCAACGAUGGAUUUGAAUUCUUCCCAUUGUUUGCAACAGAAGAAUUAACCAAGGUUGAUCUUACUGAACAGGUUGAUGAUCUAGUACCGAUAAUACAAAAGAGACGCGAGAGUUAUUAUUUUGCUUCUUACAAUGACCUGCAAACGAAGGAAUUUGAAAAGGCAGGAAUAACAUAUGACCAGUUAAUUGAGAUGUCCCGAACGCCUUACAAGAGAUAUAGAGAUUCUAUACUAAACAUCAACACAUAUAAUGCAACAAUAGAAGAACAAAAUAUAAAGGAGAAGAAAGCAAAAAAGAGGAAACCAGGGAAGAAUCAAAGAAUGGCCAGGAAACAAGCUAAAUUAAAUAUCGCAAAACGAGACGAUCUUAGAAAACAAUUAAAGAAGAAAUUCCGUAAGAGAGGUGGUAAAAAGAAUAAAAAGAAAGAGAAAAUGAAUCCGUUAUUACAUGCUGGUGCUCUACCUGCUGAUGCCAUGACGGUAUGA